CCAGGUUGCCAACGCAAUGUGCUUUUCAACAGUUCUCCAACUUUGCGCCAUCGAUCAAAUUUUGCUCCCCAGCACCAGUUCCUAUUUUCGAUUCGGGAUAUAUAUUAACUCCCCGAGGCCAAGAUGUCCUACCAGAACUGGCUGAACUACCUGCAGUCGGCGGAGAAGAACUCGAUGAUCAGCGGCCGCCUGCGCAAGGUGCUGUACAAGUUUCCGGACGGUCGUCAAAUGGCCGAGGAGUAUAACCUGGACACUGGGAUCGUUCAGCGCCGGGCCUGGAGGAAGUGCAAGCAGCUGAUGGGCCAGCCGGAGUGGGAAAUCGAACUGGGCGAGGAACCGCGUCAGCUCAACUGGUCGGCGAAUCAGUCUAACGGCGCAGGAGGAGGAGCAAACGGCGCCGGCGAUGCAGAUUCUCUUGCUGGUCCAGAAUUCACUCUGCGGGAGAGCAACACAGCGCCGCUGCUAACCAAGAGGGUGACCAAGAAGAACAUUGAGUGGCGCAUCCGCAACAUGCCAUAUCCCCUAGAAAUUUACAAUGUAACUGCAAAUGCCGAGCAGCGGGCCAUAAUAGUGCGCACCACGAACAAGAAGUACUACAAGGUGAUUCCCAUACCCGAUCUGGAUCGCUGUGGCGUAGCCCCGUCUCAGGCAAAUCUCACUGUCCAUCAUCAGUUCAAUACCUUAAUUAUAACCUACCAAAAGCCAGCCAUUCUUUGCGAAAUGGAGGCCCAGGUGUUGCUGUUACUCAAAAACGUUGAAACCGAAACGGACAUGGACGAUCUACUAAAGGGUCUGAUGGCCAAAUAAAAUGACAUAGAUUAUAGUACAAAUA